AUGGCCGAAAGUGGUGGUUGUGUUUUAGGGAGCUCCCAAAAUAUUGUUACCUUGGAUGUAUUGGAAACAAAUAUCAGAACAAUAUUGGAUACAUGUGAUUCUGUACCAAAAAGUACAGUAGUGGAGAAUCUUAUAUACGAAAUCGAUAAUGAAGAGGACCUAAAAUCUGCCAGAGAAAGAUUAUUCUCUUUGUCUAAGAGAAAACUAAAGGAACAGUAUAUAGCCCUAUAUGAAAUAAAAGAUGAGGAAUAUAGGCAGCCAGAUUUGAAACUAGUGAAUAGAACUGGAGAUGGAAAGAUGGCUAAUAUUGCUGUGGAUAUCUAUGAUAUGUUUACAUAUAUAUCAGAUAACUGUGAUAAUGAUGAUUUCCCCAAAACUAUAUUAUCUAGUAAAAGUCUGUCAACAUUGCCAAGUUUGAAGGAUGAUAUUAUGAAGCCUCUCAGAUCAAAGGUCACGGAAUUAUACGCUAAACUAGCAAUGGCUAUGAAUACUAUUGUUGAACUAAAAGAUAAAAUGGAUAAGAUUGAGGAGAAACACAAUGAAGAAAUGGAUGAUAUGAGACAACAGAUGGAAUCUAUACAGCGAACUUUGUUGAAAGGGCCAACACUACAAGUAGGUAGCCCUAUUUCUUCACCUUCAAUACCUGACCUCAAUGAACCACAAAGGACCUUAAAUGCGCUAAUUAACCCUAAUAUUGUUAGCACUCCAAAAGUUAUUUCAACUUAUAAUACUUCGUUUGGCAGAGGCCGAGGUCGUAGAGAUGCCCUAACAAUAACAAAGCUCAUUUUGAACUCAGAUACAAACAACUCAGUGGUGCCUGUUAGUGGACAGUUUGACAAUGGAGUUAUCAGCCAUGCAAGCGGAAAAACCAAAACAGUGUCAAAAACUGUGCCAGGUCAAAGUGUACAGUGUGAUCCUAAUACAGUCAAACCUGUUGUGGUUGAGCAGGAAAAUCCUGAAUCCAAAUGUGAUGAAAAUGAUAAAACACUUGAAAAUGAUGAAUCCAUAUGUGACAUGUAUGACACAAUCAGCACCAAUGGAAAAACAUGGGCACAAAUAAUAAAUGAGCAUGAUGACAAGGAACCAAAACAAAACACCCGUAUGAGUACAACAUGGGAAACAGCACAGACACGAAAACAAAAACUUCGAUCGAGGAGACAAUCUAAACCUGAAAAAAAAGCCACAGUUAAAAGGUGUAAAACAUGA